GAGCCCCUCUGGAGGCUUUAGAAGGUCACUGACUGCCUGGCCUUAGGACUAGGCAGAGGGGGAGGGAUGGAGACUUCACAGAGUCUCCAAUGGCCCACCCAGCCAAGGGGCUUUGAUCUGAACUUGCUUUUCAGUCAAGAUUCCAAGAGUCUAGGCUUAGAUGCUAGAGUCCUUGCUAGGAAGGAGGUGCAGGGGGAGGCCAGAGCAGCAGAUGUGUGCACAGAGGGGGUUCUGGGUGGCUGGCAUGGGCUGCCUGACUGGACAGGUCCAUCCGGGGUCUCAGUCUGGCCGAGGGGGGGUGGCGGCUGUCAGCAGAGAGACUGGCAGCCAGACUGGAGUAAGUACUAGUUUGGGAUAAUUAGAAGGCACGUAAUUAGAAGGCGUCAGGGCGCUAGGCGGCAAGUGUCUGUGAAUGUACCUGAGUGGGCCCCUGCUGGCUUGGAGUCUGGGCCUUUGGACCCCCAUUUUCCUCCUGGAGGUCUCGAGAUCGCAGCUCCCCAUUUGCCUGGAGGCUGGCGACUCCCAGGGCCUGAGGAUGAAGCCAAGCCCGCCACAUUGGCCCCUGUCCUGCCUUUUUGUGCUGCUUCCUUGGCCUCUGGCCACUCCAGUAUCAACGACCUCUUGGCAGUGCCCACCUGGGAAGGAGCCCCACCUGGACCCGGGGCAGGGCACAUUAUGCAGAUCCUGUCCCCCCGGCACUUUCUCUGCUUUGUGGGGCCCUGGCCCGUGCCAGCCCCAUUCCCGCUGCAGUCCUCGGGGGAGGCUGGAGGCCCAGGCAGGCACAGCGACUCAAGACACUCUAUGUGGAGACUGCCAGCCUGGGUGGGUUGCCACUUUGGGGGUCCCCCAUGUUCCCUGUCAGCCAUGCUCCUGGAUGCCUCUGGGUACUCGUGGCUGCUCUGAGCGGGGACGGCGGGCCCGACGUGGCGUGGAGGUAGCAGCAGGGGACACCAGCGCUGGGGAUACGCGGCAGCCUGGGAAUAGCACCCGGGCAGGUGGCCCUGAGGAGACGGCUGCCCAGUAUGCAGUUAUUGCCAUCGUGCCUGUCUUCUGCCUCAUGGGGUUGCUGGGCAUCCUGGUGUGUAACCUGCUCAAGCGGAAGGGCUACCACUGCACCGCCCACAAGGAGGUUGGGCCUGGCCCUGGAGGUGGAGGCAGCGGGAUCAACCCCGCCUACAGGGCUGAAGAUGCCAACGAGGACACCAUCGGGGUCCUGGUACGCCUGAUCACAGAGAAGAAAGAGAAUGCGGCGGCCCUGGAGGAGCUGCUGAAGGAGUACCACAGCAAACAGCUGGUACAGACUGGCCACGGGCCUUUGCCCAGGUUCCGAGUGGCCCGAAUUCCAGAGCAACGGUCAAGUUCAGCAGCCCCUGAGGUGAAGACUAUCACGGAGGCUGGGCCCUCGGCGAGUGACCUCCCUGAUUCCCCACAACCUGGCCUCCCCACUGAGCAGCGGGCACUGCUGGGAAGUGGUGGAAGCCAUACGAAGUGGCUGAAGCCCCCGGCAGAGAACAAGGCUGAGGAAAACCGCUAUGUGGUCCGGCUAAGUGAGAGCACUCUGGUUAUCUGAUGGCCUGCCUCAGCUGAAGACACAGCAGCCCUGCCCUGGGAGGUUCUGGAGGCCUCCCGGAGGAGGUAGAGCUGCAACUGGGCCUGUGAGGAUCAAGAAGCAAUGGUCCAGCAGACAGAACAGCAAAGGCCAAGGCCUGGAGGUGGGAGUGUCCACCCCCGUGUAGAGGCAGGCCAGCUGGCGGGUGCUGUGUGCAGGAGCAGGUUGAGGGCACCUCCCCUGCCCCUGUGCCCUGCCCUGGCCAGAACCUAGGACCCUGCAGGACCCUCUGUACCACCAGGUGGCUAGCCUUGGCUGUGGGAAGGGGUCCUCAGCCUGGCACCCUUGGCCCCACACCUUGGUAAUCUACUGCCCCGCCUCCGUCCAGGGCCCUAGCGAGGACCUCUCCCUCCUCUUCCGGUGGGCGUCACAUAGGGAAGAGGUACCAAAAGCCGUGGGCUGGAGACUUGAGCUCCCUGGUUCUAACUGUGGGCAAGUCCCUGGCCAUCACCUGGUUAUAGUUCUUCUGACCAUGAAGUGGGGAGAGAGAGGUGUCCUGGGACACAGGGCUUCUCUGGUUCCUUGCAGGUUCUGGCCUGGGUGGUAUGCGGGGAGAGCUUGACUCCUUGCCACCCCUUCCAUUAGUAGCUUUAUCUGUGGCCCCAUUUUUGCAGCUUCCAGGGCCUGUGCCUUCAGGCCCCCAUGGGGCUGCCCAUCCCUGGCUCUGCCUACAGAAGGGGCUUAAUGCAUGUAUCUGCCCCCCUCCCUGCUGUUUUUAUUGAAAUUGGAACCACAGUCUUGACCUGGGCAAGGCUGUGAUACAGGGUGCCAGCCUGCAUAGUCACCCCAAGAUCUCAGGAGUGUUCAGGGAGGGGGUGUGUGCGGGGCUGGAGAGGCCCCUCUGGCCUCAAGUCGUUUCUGUGUCUCUGUGGUGUUGGUGUCUAUCCCCCAGCUGGGCAGUGCAGGCGACUGCCCAGCCCGGCUCCAUGUCCACUGUAGCCCAGUGACCUGGUUAUUUAUAUGGGGCCGUGCAGGCAUGGGCCCCACUGUCAUCCCCAUUUCUCUUAUUUAUUGAAAAUUUGCUGUUGUCCUGUCCUUGUCUACAUUCCCAUCCAUUUAUUGGAUAAUAAAAGGUGGGAAAGUGGUGUCAUGAGGAGCUUCUUUCCCUGUGCCUCUUCCCAGGUCGUCCGUCUUCACCAAAUACUGCUGUGUCAGGUAUGGCGUGGGGGACAGGCCAUCCCCCCCACCUUGCAGGGCUGGCUCUGUGGUGGGUGGGCAUGGGACAGCAGGGGAUGUGGGGAGGCCCCUCACCUCACUGGUUCUCACUGAAGCCCCUAGAAGCACUGCUGUCCAGUGGAAAUACAGUCCAUAUCACGUAAUUUAAAAUUUCCUAAUAGCCAUAUAUUUUUAAAGUAUCAAUAAUGUAUUUCAGCUAGUACAGCUAAAAUAUUUUCACUUCAAUAUAAAGUCAGCAUAAAAAUUAUGAAUAGUCAUUUUUUGCUUUGAAAUCUGGUGUUUUAUAGUUAAAGCACAUCUUAAUAUGAACUAACCACAUGUGGCUAGUGGCUCCUGUCUGGGACAGCAUAGCUCUAGAGGAUAAGGAGCCUGGAGGAUGGAUGGGUAAGACAGACAUGGCAGGAGCUGAAUAAUGUGGGGAGGGGGAUCAUGGUCCCCAGAGAGGGAAUAACAAUGUGCAGAGGCCCAAGGACACUGUGAUGAAAUGGAGAAGUUGGAAGUCAAAGGUGACAGGUGUGGAGACGAGUGAGGGUGGGCAACAGAAGGCAGCCCCACAAGCUCCUAGAAGCCCUUGGGCCAGGGAUACCAAGACAUUUAGGAAAGGGAAAUGCAGGGAAUGUACCAGGAAUGGACCGGGACAGACCCUUCCGCUGUUCCGGGGCACUGCCAAGAGGUGGGAAGGAGACCAAGGGAGAAGUAUCCUGCAAGGGAGGAAAGGAGAGGGAGGGGCAAGGUGGGUCACAAAGCCAAGGGCCACCACUGGGUCAGCCCCCAGUUAAUGCACAUGGGGACAUGGUGAGAGCAGGACCAGGUCUGAGUGGAUUGAGCUCCCUGCGGAAGCCAGACUGUGCCAGGUAAAGCAGGUGGAGACCUAGGCUCCAGGGAGAGGUUUUUAGUUAAUUCUGGGUUCUCUGGGCAUUUGGUAUAUUUUUUAAAGAUAGGAGGAGACACAUUCAAAUGCUAAUGGGAGAGUCCCAAAGAGAGGCUGAAGAACCAGCUACUAAUGUUUGAGGGAGCUGGGGGAGGUAUGGAAAGGGACAGCCCAUGGAAGUCAUCUUGCUGCAGAUGGCUGUCAGGCUGGGGCUACAGGAGAGCCAGCUCACUCUCUUGUUCUUGCUGCUCCUGUUGUAGCCAGAAUUAGCCUGAGGUGCUGCUGUCCCCUGAGGCCACAGCUGCCACUGCCCCCACUCCCAGACUCCUGCCCAACUCUGCCAGGGCUUCCCAAGACUGGGGCCAUGGUAGGACGCCAGGGUGAGGUCACCAUCUUUGUCUGUAGGCAGAGACCUUUCUCCUGUGUGGAAGCCACAGGCAGGGGCCUGGCCCAGCAGCAGCUCGGAAACCUCCUUCCCGGAGAAGCUAGGCAGAUGAGCCUUGAGAUUUUUGCCUUUUGACUCUCCAGGGCACGGUCUUUUUUUCUCUGAGGCUUCUGAGGUGUGCAGGAAAGGGAGGGCACCUCUUAGGGCCUAGGAGACAAAGCUUUACCUGCUCUAGGGGAGAAGAGGAAAGGAGGCAGGCUGCACAUAAAUAAGAGAAAUGGGGAUGGCAGUGGGGCCCUGCCUGCACGGCCCCAUAUAAAUAACCAGGAGGAAUUUUCUGGAAUUUUGGCAACCAAAGGUUGCCAAAGUCUAGAACAGAUGUCUAUUGUAGGGGACUAGCACUUUUAAGGAAACAUUCCCUUGGGCUGCCAGGGUCCACUUGGUGUUCCUAUUUGUCAACUGUUAGCUGCAUCUCAGGGUUUGGUUUUUCAAACUUGGCUGUCUCCUCAGCCAACCAACCCCACUUCACCCAGCACUUGGAUGACACCCCAAGAUGAGACAGCAAGAGCCAGUGCUUGGGUGGAUGGGGUAGGAGGUGGGCUCUCCUACUCUCUCGACUCUCUGGCCUCCUUUCCCAGGGGAAGGUUGGAUUGUGGACUCCAAAGGCCAUGUUGCUGUAGAAACAGGCUGGGUCUGGGCUUCCCAGGCCGGGUAAGAGAGACCCCCACCAUGGUGCUGGGCUCUGGGGUAGUAAGAACAGUUCCCCUCCAGCACCACCCCCUCAUUGUCUGUUUGCUGGAAGGUGAAACUAGAACUCUGGCCUAAAUUUCUUCACCUGUCCCAUGUGGCCAGCUCCCAAAAGGAUGGGAUUAGUUGCUGAGGGAUCAGGUAGAGGUAUAGCCAAUGUCCUUGGCCUUCAGGGCCCGCACCCUCAGCUGGAAGUUUUCCUGGCUUGUCCCCUCCUAGGCGUGCCCCCUCUGAAUCCUGGCAGCCCUGGGAGCUGGAGGACAAGCUGGGGCACUGGGCUGAGGGGAGUUCUGAGUAUGACUUCGCCUAACUCCACCCAUCGCGCCAAGGACCAGACAAAUGAGGAUGAGGGCCCAGAUCUCCAUCUCCCUGCCUGCUCCUGGCCCUCAGUCCUACCACUGUGACCUGGAGUUGAGUCCCUGGAGAAAAUCCCUUUCCUGCCCUAGCGAAACUGUUGACACAACCCGACAAAGUCUGUGGCCAAAGAUGCCUUUGGCUUCCACAUGUGACAGAGCCUUCCACUGCACAAGGGAGGAAGAAUGAGUUCCCUGUCAGAGGACAGGUGGGGAUACUGGGGGGCAUGCUGCAGAGGCACAGGGCACGGGGUGCCAGAAAGGGCUGGGGUGCUUAGGAGUCCUGAACUGUAAUUACAGCUCCGGUGUGGGCCAGGUCAGUCAGCCUCAAGGGCUUUCCAGUUGAGGAGGUUGAACAUUUAGAGGCUGGUAGAGCGUGGAUGGUCCGGGUCAGGCCCUGGGAGGGAAUGGUGGCCAUAAUGACCAGGAAGAGAAGCAGGGGCCUGGGCUAGAGCAGUGCCUUUGCCCAGAGGGGAGAGGAGGAAGAGAUGCAGGAUAGAAACUGACAGCAUGUGACUAUUUGGAUGGAGACCACCUGACCUCCCAUGAUAGUCAUUCUGUGACUGUAAACCUAUAAGCACUUCCCUUGGUUUCCCACCUGACAAAUUUACCUGUGUUUAAGUAAACACAGAAACUGCCGCCUCCAGGGUGGGCAGAAUGUAGGACUCAGUGCCUGGGCUGUGGAGCCAGACUAAGUGUUAGCUCCAACUAUGAACCUUGAGCUCAAGCUCUGUGACCUGGGCCAAGGUACUUACUCUCCUUGGCUGCCCCCUCUCCACAGGCUCACCAACCACUGGGCUGUGAGGAUUAGGAGAGUUACUAAACAUAAAGCACAGUGCUGGCCCCAUGGGAGGCCCUCAGCAGAUGGCAGCUCUCAUCAUUCACGACCACCUCCCCCCCAGCUCCCGUAUCACCCACCUUAGUUCAGGUGCUGAUGGCUACUUCCCAGGCCCCUCAGCUGAAUCCCAGUGAAGGCCUGCUAAGCCUGUGGGGAGAUGCACCACAGGUGUUAUCUGACUGGUGAAAACAAGUUCAGAAUGAGCUUGGGAAGAAACCCAGGGGAUUCACUAGCCUAAGAGAUGAGCUGUGUCUCCCUGCCCCAAAAACCACCAGUCUGGUCACCCCGGACUUUUUUUUUUUUUUUUUUUUGGAAACUUUUUUUUUUUUUUUUUUAAUAGUUAUUGAAUGUUCUACAGCUUACAGUAAAUAUCAUAGUUACAAAUUCUUGGCUUCAAUCUUUCAGAGUGAUCACUAUCUGAUCUUCAAAACAAAACGAAACAAAAACCCAAAAGAAUCCAAAACAACAAAACAAAACCAGAUUUACACUUCAUACACACAAGGCAAGGCCAUGGGGCUUUCCAAUCUUUACACUCCAGGCUGUGUUUUGUUCUUUGAUCAAACUACUUGGAAGACACCGGUCAAAGGUUUAUUAUUAUUUUAAAUGUUUUUCUUUUUUAAAAUGUGAGUUCCAAUAAAAUUUAAAAAUUAGAUUCCAACCUGUAGAUUAAAAUGAAUUAAAAAAUACAAAAUCACAUACAAUGCUCUUACAGGGAUGUUAACAUGCCACGAGAACAGGCUUCUCUGUCAUGUGAUAUGAAAUAGGGAUGAAAUAGUCAGGAGAUGGGGACAGACCCUUGGGUCUUUAAAGGUCAUUAUAGACAACUUCCAAGUUGCUAGAGGCCUGGCCUUACCUCCCCUUGGGUAAGGAGGAGGAGCUGGAGUCCCCCCCAGAGCCAUGUAUUCUGGCUGGCCCGAGAAGGUGGUCUGUGGGCAUUCCCACUCUUUCCCUGCCUCACAGGCAUGAGGAGGAAGGCUAGAACCUCAAGAUGCUGGUCUUGCUGGGGUCAGGCCCAAAGUUUCACCCAUUUGACUCCUAAGGGCUGGUACUUAUCUGCAAAGCUGUUCUAACUGUUCUCUUCAGGAAAGAGAGUACACACUUCAUCAGGAGCUGGGAUGGGUAUCGGGCCUCACCACCAUAACAUGAAUGCCCAGGGACUGUGGAUACAGCCUCGGAAAACAAAGGUUCUCGUUUCCCUUUCUGGCUUUGUGGCGGCCAGUCCCAACCCCUCUGUUCCUCCCUUGGCCACUGGACUGGACUCAACAGCAUGCAAGAUAUAAAAUAACCAUUGGGAAAAACUGAGGGAACGGGGCCCAAGUCUGGCUCAGGCAAAUUUGGCUACGGAAUGUUGAAGCUGGCCUGCCAGGCAGGAAUUUUGAAGGCUGGGUCCUGGAACCAUGUAAUAUUUAACUUCAGGAACAAGUUUUCUAGGAGACAGGAACACAGGUGAAGGACCACAGUCUGCCUGGCAUGCCCAUGGGAGCCUGAACUCAAGACGCUCAGGUACGGAAUCGAUGGUUAGCCUGGCUGGGUUUCCUUGCUGUGAUCUUGCUUUUGGGAGGGGCCUGGAUUCCCCUGGGGCUGUGCACCUGCACGGAGAUGGUCUCCUACCUGCCCGCUCGACUGCCUGACCUGCCCCUCUCUGAAGCUUGGCAAGCAGAUGGGACUGCAUACUCUGUAGGGACAUGGUAGAAUACAGGAUGGAAAAGCAGAGCUUCCAUGUAUCUUCACUCAGCUGCAACGGUGACCUCUAAGUGAUUAAUCCAGCCAGAGUGCUAUAACUAAAACCACACAAAGAUUAAGACCCAUGCCCUCCGGGCCUUCCUUCUCUGCCCAUGGAGCAGAGCUAAGGAUUCUGAUAUGCGGGGCCCCAGGCUUGGCGACCAAGGGGCCUGCCCUACUUUUAUGUUCCAUGUGAUUCAUUUCUGAAUGCCACUCAGAACAAAGGAUGCCCCCCCGCCCCCAGCUCUCUGGGAGUAGUAAAUCUCAAACUUGGAACAAUUUGGGUGGCCAUGGGUAAGAGCUAAGAUAGAGUAAGAACUCUUUGGUCCUGGUUCUCAUUUGUGGGAAAAGCAAGCCCAGGAAUUGAAGUCCGAUGUGCUUUUGGCCAUUCAGGGCUAUACCAGGUCCCCUGGGAGUGCCAACUCACUGCAUGUGGACAGUGGGCAGGCUUUCCAGAGUCAGAAAGCAUGGGUGUACAGGGUCUUUCAAUGGACAGAUACCUGGAGCUACCCUUGAAUGUGGCUUUAGUCCUAGGCAUUAUGACCCCAAAGUGUUUUGUUCAAGUUAGGCCUUUUGUUGCCAAUUUUCAUCCUCCUGGUGCUGCCAGGGUCCUCAAGGCCUGCCCAUCAUAAAAAUCUCAGCUGGGAGGACUGAGCUCCCCAGAUCUCUAGGGAGUCUUCCUCUGUUUGGGGCAGACAGCUCAACCCUUCUUCACUGCCUGCCACCGAGACCCAGCAGGUGACAGAUGCCAGCUGAAAGAGCAGAGAAUUUGAAGGGUCAAAUUUGGGCUCCUUCUCUUAACUGUAUGACUUUUGUCAAAUCUCUUAAGCCUUCUCCCCCCACCACCAAGUAAGCUCUAGGCCCAACGUGGGGCUUUAACUCCUGACCCUGAGAUCAAGAGCCCCAUGCUCUACCAACUGAGCCAGCCAGGUGCCCCAAGUCUCCUAAGCCUUCUGAGACUUAGUCUUUCCCACGUGUAAAGUGAGGAUUUGGCAAUCAUGUCAAAGUACUUUGUACAUUAAAAAAACAAAAAACAAAAAACAAAAAACCUAUGGAUAGGUGAACCCAUGGGUAUUGAACUUGGCCUUGUUCAAUAUUUAGCUAAGGGGAUAUACCCUUUAGGGUCAGUGCCAAGAGAGAAGAGCUGUAGCAACUGUCCUGUCUGAAGAAAACAUUACGUUUUUUCAUAAAGUGGCAACAAGGUUAUGUUCUGACCACUUGGGGGCACUCCAGACUCCAGAUUCCUGGGCCCUAGGCUGUUGAGAGGGAGUCAGGGAGAAGCUGGGAAAACCAAGAGGACAGUCUACUGACUGGAACCACCAGUGCCCCUAACCCCAGCCACCAAGCUUGUGGUGCUGGGGUGGGGGAGACAGCGGAGAGGCGUUUGCAUGCCGCUGCCACCUUUGUAGCUAUGUCUUGUGGGCACACCCCUUGUCCUCUCUGGCUUGCUGGCCUUCCUACAGUGACACAGCCUUUCCAGCUGACCUUCUGUCCAGCUUUGCCAUUGGGCCAUCCAGUACUUUCGGAUGCUGCCCAGCAGAUGCUUAUGAUCCUACCAGGAAUGUUCCUCCUGCCCGAGGCACACUAUUGCCCCUGCUCUCCUGGACUAACUCCCUUUGCGAUGACUCCCUAAGCUUGGCUAGGCUUGUGGAUCUCCGUCAAAGCAAGCAGGGGAGGCCAGCAGAACUGGGGGUCUACUACAGAUACUGAGAAAGGGGUGGUGGACUUGGGAUCUUCCAGACCACGGCUUUUCUGCACCUUUUUGCCUCGGGGCCAGUCUUUGAUCUGGAAUUACAUACUAGGGCAAAGAGGGGGUGCAGAGCACAGACGCUUCAGUCCACAAGCCUUUGUGUGGAAUCUGACUGGAGGGAAAGCGGACAAACUGGGAUUCGGGUGGCUGUGACACUGAUAAACAAGUCUCUUUGCUUUCCCAAGUCUCCGUGUCCCCAUGGAUCAAAUGGGAGGAAUACUCUAUUUCACAGGGUUAAGCCAGACGAAUGGAUGUGAAAUUGCUUUGUGAACUGUGAGGUACUAGAUGUUAGUUUUUACUUACUGGUAUAGAAAGAACAAAAGUAAUUAGGUCAUUCCUAGGUCUCCUUUUUACCUCCUCUCUGUGGUUCUAGCCAGCUCACCUAGACGCAGCAGGGUUCAGAGAAGCCUAUUAAGACACUAGCAUUCUGCUCACACUGACAAGUUCCCUUUCCUUCUAGAAGCAGUUUCCUCAUUUGUUCAAUGGGUGCAAGAACUCCGACCCGCCUCUUUCUCAGGGCCAGUAAAAUAAAUGCUGGGAAGCACUCUGAAAUCUAUGGUGCACCUGACAAACACAGAGGUUUCCUAUUAUUAUCAUUAGUAGUAUUUUGGCAUUUUCCAUACACAAAUGACAUAAUCUAGAACAACCUUCACCCACCCUUACAAAACCAGAGAGUAGGAGGAGGUAUUUGCAAAAAAUGGAUUAACACUGGAAAACUGUUGUUUUAAAAUGAAACCCCAUCAGCACCCUAGAACAGACCAUUUAGAAUAGCUAGGUUUCUCCUUACUGGUCCUGCAGUUUCCUGGAAGGCCAAGAAGGUAGGUCCCCCAAUUCCUGGCUCUCAGUUGGAUGCUGAUGGGCUCUGCCCUCCUGGGAAUGGCCAGACAGCCUCUGAGGUCCUUCUGGCUCAAGUUUCCUGAAUUUUUUCCUCCUUUAAGGGAGACAUGGGAGGUACAGGUAGGAGUAUGUCCAAGUAUGCAUGAAUUUAAAAUGAAAAGGGUUAUUUAGAAGUCCCAAAUGCUAUCAAUGAUCCCAUUUUGUACAAUAAAAUGUUCCUGCACCCCUCCAUCCCCAAAGGGGCUGCUGGCCCAGCCAGAAGCCGGGUACAGGGGACAGUUCUGGGACAGUGGGCUCCAGGCUGAGACUAGCCAUGAUUCCUGACUCAGAAGUUCCUCUUCUCCCAUGAGAGCCCCUGUUUCCUGGGUCUCAUCCUUGUCCUCCUCUCUUCUCAGGAUGAGGGGCUACUGUUCUAAAAGCAUAGAUUCUCCUUUUCAGCCAGCCCACUUGCUCCUUCUAGGACUGGAGUCCGGUAUAGAAUGAAAGUUCCAGAUGUCUUCCCAGAAUUUCCGAAUGCUAUUUCCUCAUUUGCAAUUUCUGUUCCUGCCAUCUGCCCCCAUGUGACCUCUGCCCAGUCUUCAACCCCCUCCUUUGGAAUCCAUGGAGGAAAAGAGCAGAAACCAAAGCCCAGAGACUGUUCCAGAGUUCACCAGGUGUG